GUGUGUGUGUGUGUCUGUGAUACAGUAAAUCCUGUGAAGUGUUUAGAGACGUUGUUCCGAGGUGUUGAGGCUUUCCCAGUGAUUACUGUUGUUGAGGGGCAGUGAGAGGGAGGGGUGUGUGGCCGUGUGUCACUGUGUGUCCGUGUCUGUCAGGGCUGAGAUGUGGACGUGGUGAUGGACGAGGAUGGAAGAUGAGGAACCCACCAUUAAACCGCGGAGGAUCGAGAACCAGAACGUGGUUGACCGCCUGGAGCGACGCCGGAUGCACUCGGGCCGGCCCGGUGCUCACUGGUACCUGGUUCGCUGCCUCCACCAGAACAUCUUCCCCAACUUCACGGUGGUGAAUGUGGAGAAGCCGCCCUGCUUCCUGCGCAAAUUCUCCCCCGAUGGCCGCUACUUCAUCGCGUUCUCGCUGGACCAGACGUCGCUGGAGAUCUAUGAGUACCAAGGCUGCCAGGCGGCUGAGGACCUGCUGCAGGGUUACCAGGGCGACAUGCUGCUGAACGGGGCCAGCGACCUGCAGUCCGUGCACAUCCGCAGCAAACUCUUUGAGCGUUUCUUCCUCCUGCUGCACGUGACCAGUGUGGCGGCUAAUGGGGAGCACCUGAACCGCGAGUGCAGCCUGUUCACCGACGACUGUCGCUACGUGAUAGUGGGCUCGGCUGCCUAUCUCCCCGAGGAGCCGCACCCGCUCUUCUUCGAGAUGUACCGAAACAACGAGUCCGUCACCCCAAACCCUCGCUCCCCACUGGAGGAUUACUCCCUGCACAUCAUCGACCUGCACACGGGCAGCCUGUGUGACUCCAGGACAUUCAAGUGUGACAAGGUGAUCCUGUCACACAACCAGGGGCUGUACUUGUACAAGAACAUCCUGGCUGUCCUCUCUGUACAGCACCAGACCAUCCACGUCUUCCAGGUCACCCCCGAGGGCACCUUCAUCGACGUGCGCACAGUCGGCCGCUUCUGCUACGAGGACGACCUGCUGACAGUGUCGGCCGUGUACCCUGAGGCUCAGGGUGACGGGCAGAACCCCACCUCGCGGCCCUUCAAGGAGAAGACGCUGAACUCACUGAAGCACCGGCUGCUGGUGUACCUGUGGCAGAGAGCGGAGCAGGACGGCAGUGCAGCCGCCAAGCGCAGGUUCUUCCAGUACUUUGAUCAGCUCCAGCAGCUCCGCAUGUGGAAGAUGCAGCUUCUCGAUGAGAAUCACCUGCUUAUAAAGUACGCGAGUGAGGAUGUGGUCACCCUGCGGGUCACUGACCCCUCCCAGCCCUCGUUCUUUGUGGUGUAUAACAUGGUGACGACACAGGUCCUCGCUGUGUUUGAGAACACGUGUGAUGGGCUAUUGCAGUUGUUUGAGAAUUUCUGUGACCUGUAUCGGAACGCCACGUUGCACAGUGAAGCCGUGCAGUUCCCCUGCUCAGCCUCCAGCAACAACUUUGCUCGACAGAUCCAGCGCCGGUUUAAAGACACUAUUGUAAACGCCAAGUAUGGAGGCCACACGGAAGCCGUGAGGCGUCUCCUGGGGCAGCUGCCCAUCAGCGCCCAGUCCUACAGCAGCAGCCCCUACCUUGACCUCUCGCUCUUCAGCUACGAUGAUAAGUGGGUCUCUGUCAUGGAAAGACCAAAGACCUGUGGUGACCACCCCAUCAGGUUUUACGCCAGGGAUUCCGGGCUCCUGAAGUUUAAGAUCCAGGCAGGACUCCUGGGCCGGCCAAUCAACCACACAGUCAGGCGUCUUGUGGCUUUCACGUUCCAUCCCUUUGAGCCCUUUGCCAUCUCGGUCCAGCGAACUAACGCAGAGUACGUGGUCAGCUUCCACAUGCGGCACGUCUGUGUGUAGACCCCUGUGCUGCAGCCCCAUGAGAACCAAGAAACUCUUUUCAGAAAAUACCACAAAGUUGGUGAAAUGUGGCAACACUUUGUCAGGGACAUUUAAUAUCUUCACAUUAACCUUCACACCUCUUCUGCUGAGUGAGGCAAUGCACAAGUGUAGAUCAUGUGUGAUCCUGAAACAGAAACCUGCUGUAUGUUGUGUUGGAAAUAUCUCCAUGUAAAGGACUGGCCAUUGCAUUUCAUUUGUGUUGUAACCAGAUCAACAUUUGGCUAUUUUCAAGGGUUAACUGAUGAGUAAGAAAUGGACACUGCAAUAAAUCGGCAUCAUUCCCAGGUUCCCACUUGGAAAACUCAUUGUAACCUGGGAAUGGGAAUGGCUGGGGUGAUUCUCCUUCCAGCGUUGACCACUCUGCCUGCUGAUGGUGUGACUGUUAACAGCCCUGUCUACUGUAUAACUAUGAUACUGAGUUUCCAUUUCAUUUGUGACAUGAAUUAUUGUGGAAAGUUUGAUUUCAUUAUGAAGAUGUUACAAUGGAAUUUUUUGACGAAUUCUGUGUUGCUGCCUUUUAAAUUUUUACAAAUUAAAUAUACCUGGUUUUAAAGUGA